AUGGCGGCCGUCGGCAGGCUGCCGAGCGCGGCGGUGGCCCUGCUCCUCGCGCUGCUCUGCCUGGCGGGGACGUCGGCGGCGACCAACGUGACGUACGACCACCGUGCGUUGGUCAUCGACGGCGUGCGCCGCGUGCUCGUCUCCGGCUCCAUCCACUACCCGCGGAGCACCCCCGACAUGUGGCCGGGGCUGAUGCAGAAGGCCAAGGACGGCGGGCUGGACAUGGUCGAGACGUACGUCUUCUGGGACGUCCAUGAGCCCGUCCGGGGACAGUACGACUUCGAGGGCAGGAAUGACCUGGUGAGGUUCGUCAAGGCCGCCGCCGACGCCGGGCUCUACGUGCACCUCAGGAUCGGCCCCUACGUCUGCGCCGAGUGGAACUACGGAGGCUUCCCGCUAUGGCUGCACUUCAUCCCGGGGAUCAAGUUCCGCACCGACAACGAGCCUUUCAAGACGGAGAUGCAGCGGUUCACGGAGAAGGUGGUGGCGACGAUGAAGGGCGCGGGGCUGUACGCGUCGCAGGGCGGGCCCAUCAUCCUGUCGCAGAUCGAGAACGAGUACGGCAACAUCGACUGGCAGUACGGCGAUGCCGGGAAGUCGUACAUGCGGUGGGCCGCCGGGAUGGCCGUCGCGCUCGACACCGGCGUGCCCUGGGUCAUGUGCCAGCAGGCCGACGCGCCGGCACCCCUGAUCAACACGUGCAACGGGUUCUACUGCGACCAGUUCACGCCAAGCCUGCCCAGCAGCCCCAAGCUGUGGACGGAGAACUGGAGCGGCUGGUUCCUCUCCUUCGGCGGCGCCGUGCCGUACCGCCCCACCGAAGACCUCGCCUUCGCCGUCGCGCGCUUCUACCAGCGCGGCGGCACCCUGCAGAACUACUACAUGUACCACGGAGGGACCAACUUCGGCCGCAGCUCGGGAGGGCCGUUCAUCUCCACGAGCUACGACUACGACGCCCCCAUCGACGAGUACGGGCUAGUGAGGCAGCCAAAGUGGGGCCACUUGAGGGAUGUCCACAAGGCGAUUAAGAUGUGCGAGCCUGCGCUCAUAGCAACUAAUCCAUCAUACAUGUCCCUGGGUCAAAAUGCUGAGGCGCACGUAUACAGGGCCGGUUCACUGUGCGCGGCAUUCCUCGCGAAUAUGGACGAGCAGUCUGAUAAGACUGUCACCUUCAACGGCAAGGCGUAUAAACUCCCCGCGUGGUCUGUCAGCGUCCUUCCUGACUGCAAGAAUGUGGUGCUGAACACUGCCCAGAUCAACUCUCAGGUAGCAUCUACACAGAUGAGAAACCUGGGGUUCAGGACUCAAGCAUCUUACGGCUCGUCCGUCGAAACAGAACUCGCUUCUUCUACCUGGAGCUACGCCGUAGAACCUGUCGGUAUCACAAAGGAGAACGCCAUGACAAAGCCUGGGCUGAUGGAGCAGAUAAACACCACCGCGGACGCCAGUGAUUUCCUGUGGUACUCAACAAGUGUCGUCGUUAAAGGCGGCGAACCGUACCUGAAUGGCAGUCAGUCCAAUCUGCUUGUUAACUCACUUGGGCAUGUUCUUCAGGUCUUCAUCAAUGGCAAGUUUGCAGGUAGCAGUAAGGGCAAUGCUAGUAGCUCCCUGAUCUCAUUGACAACACCAGUUACACUUGUACCUGGAAAGAAUAAAAUAGAUCUUCUGAGUGCAACAGUUGGUCUGACGAAUUAUGGUGCAUUCUUUGACCUAGUUGGUGCUGGAAUUACCGGUCCAGUAAAGCUGACUGGGCCGAAGGGUAUGCUCGAUCUAUCUUCUGCAGAUUGGACAUACCAGAUUGGACUCAGAGGAGAAGACUUGCACCUGUAUAAUCCUUCAGAGGCCUCUCCAGAAUGGGUAUCAGAUAACUCUUACCCAACCAAUUACCCUUUGACCUGGUACAAGAGCAAAUUUACAGCUCCUGCAGGCGAUGAUCCUGUUGCCAUAGACUUCACAGGAAUGGGGAAAGGUGAGGCGUGGGUGAACGGGCAGAGCAUUGGUCGCUACUGGCCAACAAAUAUCUCUCCGCAAAGUGGCUGUGUUAAUUCAUGCAACUACAGAGGAACUUACAGCGCAAAGAAAUGCCUGAAGAAAUGUGGGCAGCCGUCACAGAUUUUGUAUCAUGUGCCCCGUUCGUUUCUCCAACCAGGCAGCAAUGAUAUAGUCCUUUUCGAGCAGUUUGGUGGUGACCCAAGCAAGAUAUCCUUCACGACGAAACAGACAGAAAGUGUAUGUGCACACGUGUCUGAGGAUCAUCCUGACCAAAUCGAUAGCUGGAUCUCCCCCCAGCAGAAAUUACAGAGGUCCGGGCCAGCACUUCGUCUGGAAUGCCCCAAAGAAGGUCAGGUCAUCAGCAGUAUCAAGUUUGCAAGCUUCGGGACACCGAGUGGCACCUGUGGGAGCUACAGCCAUGGCGAAUGCAGCAGCUCUCAGGCUCUGGCAGUCGCUCAGGAGGCAUGCGUCGGGGUGAGCAGUUGCAGUUUGCCCGUGUCAGCAAAGAACUUCGGAGAUCCAUGCAGAGGAGUCACAAAAAGCCUUGUGGUCGAAGCUGCAUGCUCAUGA